UAGUGAGUUGAGCGAGGGAGAUGUUUACAUGUACAGUUGAGUACAAAUACUACUAAAAAACUAACAUUUAAUAAUCAUUUGAAAUAACUUAGGCACAAUGGAAGCAGAAGACAAACCGAGAAAGCGAAACUACACAGAGGAGAAAUCUGGCUCGGAGCCUUCGGAGGAUGAAGACUAUGUGGCGUACGUUCCUGUUAAGAUUAGAAAGCAGCACAUGCUGCAGAAGGUGCAGCGUCUGCGAGGAAAAGGUUUGACCGAGGAAGAACACAAGGACAGUGGAGGCGAACAGAGGGAUGAGGACGAGGGGCUGGGGCCGCGCUCCAACGUCAGCUUGCUCGACCAGCAUCAGCACCUGAAGGAGAAAGCGGAGGCCCGGAAGGAGUCAGCAAAGGAGAAGCAGUUGAAGGAGGAGGAGAAGAUUUUGGAGAGUGUGGCUGAGGGCAGAGCUUUGAUGUCUGUCAAGGAGAUGGCCAAAGGUAUCACCUAUGAGGACCCGAUAAGGACCAGUUGGAAUGCCCCUCGCUACAUACUGAGCAUGCCGGCAGCCAGGCACGAGCGGGUGAGGAAGAAAUACCACAUCCUGGUGGAGGGAGACGGCAUUCCUGCACCCAUCAAGAGCUUCAGAGAAAUGAAGUUUCCUCAAGCGAUCCUGAAAGGCCUGAAGAAGAAAGGAAUCGUGCACCCAACACCCAUCCAGAUCCAGGGAAUCCCGACUGUCCUUUCGGGCAGAGAUAUGAUCGGCAUCGCGUUCACGGGCUCAGGAAAGACUCUGGUGUUCACUCUGCCCAUCACCAUGUUCUGCCUGGAGCAGGAGAAACGACUCCCGUUCUGCAAGAGAGAGGGACCGUACGGGCUCAUCAUCUGCCCCUCUAGGGAGCUGGCGAGACAGACCCACAGCAUCAUCGAGUACUACUGCAAGCUGCUGGAGGACGAGGGGGCGCCACAGAUGCGCACUGCGCUCUGCAUCGGGGGCAUGUCGGUCAAAGAGCAGAUGGAGGUGGUCAAGCACGGUGUGCACAUGAUGGUCGCCACUCCCGGCCGUCUGAUGGACCUGCUGAAUAAGAAGAUGGUGAGUCUGGAUAUCUGUCGUUACCUGGCACUGGACGAGGCUGACAGGAUGAUCGACAUGGGCUUCGAGGAGGACAUCAGGACCAUCUUCUCUUACUUUAAGGGCCAGAGACAGACGCUGCUUUUCAGUGCCACCAUGCCCAAGAAGAUUCAGAACUUCGCCAAAAGUGCUCUGGUUAAACCCAUCACCAUUAACGUCGGCCGCGCCGGUGCUGCCAGCUUGGACGUCAUUCAGGAAGUGGAGUACGUCAAAGAGGAAGCAAAAAUGGUGUAUCUUCUGGAGUGCUUACAGAAGACUCCGCCUCCGGUGCUUAUAUUCGCUGAAAAGAAAGCGGACGUGGAUGCCAUCCAUGAGUACCUGCUGCUGAAAGGUGUGGAGGCGGUGGCUAUCCACGGAGGCAAAGACCAGGAGGAGAGAACGAAAGCCAUCGAGGCGUUCAAGGAGGGUAAGAAGGACGUUCUGGUGGCUACUGACGUGGCCUCCAAGGGUUUGGACUUUCCGGCUAUUCAACACGUAGUGAACUACGACAUGCCGGAAGAGAUCGAGAAUUACGUUCACAGAAUUGGUAGGACGGGUCGAUCAGGCAAGACUGGAAUCGCCACGACCUUCAUCAACAAAGGAUGUGAGGAAUCGGUGCUGAUGGAUCUGAAGGCGCUGCUGGUAGAAGCGAAGCAGAAGGUACCGCCGGUUCUCCAGGUGCUCCAGACAGGAGACGAAGCCCUGCUGGAUAUCGGAGGCGAGAGAGGCUGCACGUUCUGUGGCGGUUUGGGUCAUCGUAUCACCGAAUGUCCCAAGCUGGAGGCCAUGCAGACCAAGCAGGUGACCAACAUCAGCCGCAGAGACUGUCUGGCCAACAGCUCCAUGGACUUCUAAAGCUCUGGACUUUCUCUUCUCCACGGACGAGGAGUGAAUGGGUGCUGGUGUGGACGGAGUCGGGAUGAAAUCCACACCACGGAGGUGGGAAUUACAAACCAACUGAACUGAACUGAACUGGUGUUUAGAUUUUUGUGUGUUAUGAACCGAUUUCAUGGGGGCAAGCUGUGUUUUUUGUAGGGAAACAACCCAGAUAUUUAAAAUCCCUUGAAAAAUAAUGAGAAUUUUGUGUUUCUCAUUUAUUUUUUUCAUUGUUAUCACCCUGUUCAGUGUUUUUGUGUUGGUAAAUUAGCCGUAAUAUGCCAUUUCUCUCACCGGCUACUUAAUGUGCUUGGAAGUUCAGGCUGCUGGUUUAAAAGUGCAAACUGUCCUGUAAAAUAAAAUAAAACAAAAUGUGUAUAUUUUACCAGCUUUAUUUCCGACUUGUUUUUUAUAUAACAUGCAUAAUUCUUGUCUGUUAAUAAAACGUAUUAUUCCGCA